UUUGGGAGCCAUGGGGUUAACCGGAAAUUCACAGUCAUAAGCGUGAAUAAUACAUUUUGUUGUCCCUCAAUGUUGUUAGUCGGUUUAGGGAAAUAUCAAUCACUAAAAUUCCGAUACGGAAGCUUUACCGAGGUGUGCUUGAAAUGCAGCUAUUUGUAUUGAAUGUAUGAGACAAGCUUGUUAUCCUGUUUGAUGGCGCAGGCAGUGGGCGUACCCGGGAUUUCAGUCGGUGUUCUGUCCUGUAACUUAAGUUUGUAGGAGAAAGUAUUUAUUUAUUUAUUUAUUUAUCCUUAUUUGUAUGCUAUUUGUGCUACAGCGUCUAAAUCCAGACGCCCUACUGGCAUUCACAGCAGAUGCUGAUUUCUUCACCGAGGCUGGCGGCUAGGAAGCUUAUAGUUACUAUUGAAGAGUUAGUAUAGGGCAAGGAGUCAUGUAUCCAUUUUAAAACGUAGAUGAGAUACAAUAAUAAUUGGAGCUGAUCUUUAUAAACUAGACAUAUAGGAAAAAAAACUGCGAACAAUAGUACGAAUUGAAAAUUUAGAUAACUGGAUAAUUAUUGUUGUGCAUAAAUAAUGAUGCAGCAAGAAAACUUUGAGAUACUAUAAGUAUGUGUUACAUGGGUUUAAAAUAAUAUUUGCUUUAUUUAAAAUAUAUCUUCUGGUACUUUAAGAUUUGCCAAUCACUAAGAUUACUAAAUAGAUGUAAAACAAACUUUGUAUUAGGCAAAGGGCAACCUGACAAUCGAUCAACUUUAACUCCAGAAAGGUUGAUCUCUGUGGGAUACCUCCUCAGAGCAUCCAUUAUCCAUAAGGCUUUAGAAUGCUGCAGCUUAAAGGGCAUGAAGAUGACCUUAUAGAGAGCAAAGAGCUCCACCUUGCUGUGUCUCUGGACCAACCUCAACACCUGAGUGAACUUCUCUCUCAUGACAAAUACAGAAACCUUAUCAAUGCAAGCAGUGGUUGGGGAAUUCCAGUGACCCCUCUCCGUCUGGCUGCGGCCAAGGGAUUUGUUCAGUGUUUAAAGGUUCUUUUGGACAAUGGGGCAGAGGUGGACAGCUUGGAUGUUAAGGCUCAGACACCUCUAUACAUAGCAGUAAACUAUGGGCAUCUUGAUUGUGUCAGCGAAUUACUAAAAGCCGGAGCCAAUCCUGGUGGAAGCAUCUACAACAACGCCUCCCCUAUUCUGAUUGCUGCGCGUGAAGGAAAUGCCAGCAUCCUAAGAGAGCUAUUAGAAUAUGGUGCUAAUGCAAAUGUCAGGCCAAAGGUGCCUGACUGGGCUUUUAGUAGUAGCAUCUCCACUGGUCCCUUGUAUUUUUCGGCAGUAUAUGAUCAUUUGGAGUGUUUUAGGACUUUACUUCUCUAUGGGGCUGAUCCUAAUUACAACUGCACAGACAUGGAACUCCUUAAGAAGAUAAAGAAUCCCAAAUCUGUUGUGGAGCACUGUCUGCAACGUAAAUGUAGUACCCAGUUUGUGGAGCUGCUUAUUGAGUUUGGUGCCAAUGUUUACUUGCCUGACCUGAAUAAUGAUGAAGAAUAUCUUAAACAUGACGCAAUGAAGCUCUUGUUAAGAGAAAGAGCUCAUCCUCGACCUCUGAUGUCACAGUGUCGUUUGACCAUAAGGAAACAGCUGAUGCACCCAGGAAAGAAACAAGUUAUUGGGCAACUGAACAUUCCUGAUUCCAUGGUUAAAUAUUUAUAUUAUGAGACUUAAGAGAGAAUAUUUCAUGAACCGUAGAUGCCGAGAAUCCCUGGUCGCAAGAACACUUCUGCAAAAAUCCAUGAAACUGCAUAAAGCAAAUAACAUACACUUUCUUUUUUUAUAGAAUGUCGGAAAAACAGUAGAGAAUAUUAUUUACAUAAAGGUUGCUGUGUUGAUUGUUCUAGAGUUUUUCUUCACAUCUUUUGGUUGUUUGUUUUGCUAUCAAUCAAUAACCGCUAAUAAAGCAACGGUAUAACUUGUACACAAACCUACAUUUCCAACUAGUUUUAACUUUUAGUGAGCCGUUUUUCAUUCAAAA